CAUGCUCAGACUUAUUCGAUGCUUAGGCAGAAAUCGACAAGAAACACAAGUAGAAGAAAUUCACCCGUGGGAUAUGGUCUCCUAGGAUCUCCUUGUUGCCAUAAUGAUUCCGAAAUUUUCACCAACGUAACAAAUAUGUGCAUUACCAGCAACUUUGAGAUAAGCAGGAGGAAAUAUUCACCGACCCAACCUCAAAUAAACGAUUACGACAAGAAUAUCUUUCGCACAGUGUUCUUCUAUAAGAACAUGAGAAUUAAGAAUAAUAUCGACAAUAGUCUGAGAAAAAGAAUGAACCAUCAGAAGAAAUACGGAGGAACGUCUUGUAAUCGUCAAAGAAAAACAAAUUAUAUACAAAAUUAAUUUAUUUGUUGCAUAUACGUGCAUUGAAAUAUGAAUUUUAAAAUGAAAUAUAAAAAAUAUUAAUUAUAACAUGACUCGUACAUGUUCAAAUUUUACACGCGAAUAACUAUUAUUACAUUGUUACAACAUAGUUUCUUCAAAUUUUCGUUGCUGAAUAACGCGCGAGAAAAUUGUAACCUGAAAACACUUAAUGAAAAAUGUAUACUUCUGCAUUUAUUUCUACUUCAAGUACCAUUCCCGCUUAUCAAAUUACGUCAAGAACAUAAUGACGUGUCAGAAUGACAUAAUUUUAAGAUCGAAUACAAUUCUUUUUAUCAAUCUUUGACGAUAAAGAUAGUAUUCCUGUUGCCGAUAUCACGCUUGCUUCAUUGCUUACGUGUCAAACAUUAAGAACAGCACGAAAAAACAAUGACAAACAAAUCUUGGAAUGUACUGGUGACGGGUGGUGCUGGUUACAUUGGUUCUCACACAGUUUUGGAACUAUUACAAGCAGAUUUUAAGGUGGUGGUAAUAGACAACUUUAGUAAUGCUUAUAAAGGAAAUAAUGAUACAAAAGCAGAAUGUCUGGUGAGAGUUGAAAAAAUAACAAACAAAAAAAUAACAUUUAUUCGUUGUGAUAUAACAAAUAUCAACGAAUUACGAGAUGUAUUUAAAGAGUAUACUUUUCAUUGUGUCAUACACUUUGCUGCUUUGAAAGCUGUGGGUGAAUCUUGUGAGAAACCACUGGAAUAUUAUGAAACAAACGUUGGUGGGACACUGAAUUUGUUAAAAGUUAUGAUAGAGCACAAUGUAAAGCGUUUGAUUUAUUCAAGUAGUGCCACUGUUUAUGGAACUCCCGAAAAGCUACCAUUAGGUGAAAAUAUGAAUACUGGAAAUUGCACAAAUCCAUAUGGAAAGACAAAAUACAUGGUUGAAGAAAUUUUAAAAGAUCUGUGUAUUUCGGACAAGGCAUGGUCAAUUGUAUCUCUAAGAUAUUUUAAUCCAGUUGGAGCUCAUUCCUCUGGACAGAUAGGAGAAGAUCCUAACGGAAUUCCAAAUAAUUUAAUGCCAUAUAUUGCUCAAGUAUCUGUUGGAAAAAGGGAAAUGCUAUAUGUUUAUGGUAAUGAUUAUGAUACCCCUGAUGGAACAGGAGUCCGUGAUUAUAUUCAUAUUAUGGAUUUGGCAGCAGGCCAUGUAAAAGCAAUGAUUUAUCAAAAAACUCGUAAUCCGACUGGAUUUAAAGCAAUUAAUUUGGGUACUGGAAAGGGUUAUUCUGUACUUGAAGUUAUACAUGCAUUUGAAAAGGCAUCAGGACGAAAAAUACCGUAUAAAAUAGUUGGUCGUAGACCAGGAGAUAUAGCUGCCAGUUAUGCAGAUGCUGGCAUAGCUAAUAAGGAAUUAGAUUGGCAAGCCACGAAAAAUAUAGAUGAUAUGUGUAUAGAUACAUGGAAGUGGCAACAAAAUAAUCCAAAUGGUUACCAAUCUUAACCAUAAUCACUGAUCAGCCAGUUAAACAUUCUUAAAUAUUCUAAUAAACUUUAUUUUUUUAUUAUGUUAUUCAAAUGUAAGCCAUGGUGGUGUCUAGUUACCAAAGUUUAGACCAAAGCACAAGGUAGAUUGAUAUUUAUCUAAUAUUAAGUACAUGCAAUAAUUUCUACUUUCAAAAUCAAUUCCAGAGGAUAUAAUGGUUAUAAUUAUUAUAAAUACGUUUGAUCGAUCUGUUCCUUAAGUAAUAGUCAUUCAGAUAUGAAUCAAAAAAUAUUUGAUGUUUAGUAUUAAAUUAUUGUGCCAUAUAAUUUAUGUACCUGUAUUAA